AUGGACAAAUCAAAUGAUGUUCUGAAAGGCGCGCCUAGGCUCGGGGCGACGCGACGCCACCCUCCGGCGCCUCGCCUGAAGGGAGGCGACGCCCCCAUCACGAAGGCGCCGCUUAAGCGCGCAAGGCGCGAGGCGGUCGCCCGAGUCGCCUCCGAGGGUCCGACCAGAUGGAUGUAUGAGGCUGCUAUUCCAUUUAAUGCAGUCACAUAUCCGAGUUUCCAACCAAUGAUUGAGGCUAUUGGCCAAUAUGGUGUGGGUAUGAAGGGACCAACUUUUCAUGAGGGGAAAAAUGGAUGUUCAAUUAUGUCGGAUGGAUGGACCGAUAGGAAAGAGAGAACUUUGGUGAACUUUUUGGUUAAUUGUUCAAAGGGAACCAUGUUCAUGCAAUCCAUUGAUGCUUCUUCAAUGAUUAAGAUGGGAGAAAAGAUGUUUGAGUUACUUGACAAAUGGGUAGAGCAAGUUGGUGAGGAGAAUGUUAUUCAAGUUAUAACAGAUAAUCACUCAACAAAAGAGCAGAAGGGGAAAACUAUAGCCAACACAGUUUUAAUGCCUUCAUUUUGGAACACUAUUGUGUUUUGCUUAAAGGUUUCAGGUCCCCUAGUUCGUGUGCUUCGUUUGGUUGAUGGUGAAAAAAAAACUCCUAUGGGAUACAUCUAUGAGGUCAUGAAUAGAGCUAAGGAUGCAAUUGUGAGAAGUUUUAAUGGAAAUGAAGAGAAGUACAAAGAAAUCUUCAACAUCAUUGAUAAGAGGUGGGAGAUUCAGCUUCAUCGGCCUUUGCAUGUAGUAGGGUACUUUUUGAACCCGGAAUUCUUCUAUGAUAAGCCAAAAAUAGAGCAUGAUGCCGAGAUUAUGAGUGAUUUGUAUAAAUGCAUCUUAAGGCUAACAAGAGACCCUGCUAAGCAAGAAAAAGUUGUGGCUGAAGUGAGUUUGUUCACAAAUUCCCAAGGACUAUUCGGGAAUGAGUUAGUUGUUAGGACAAGAAAGACUAGAGCACCAGGUUAGUUUUUUAGUUUUGUUUAUUUAAAUGAUUAGAUUGUAUUUUUGCUAAAAUAGGUGAAUUGUUUCACUAAAUUGUUAAUAUCUAUAUUACAGCUAAAUGGUGGGCUGCAUAUGGAGCUUCAGCUCCAAAUUUGCAAAAGUUUGCAAUGAAAGUCCUCAACUUAACAUGCAGUGCAUCAGGUUGUGAACGAAAUUGGAGCAUCUUUGAAAAUAUUCAUAGCAAGAGGAGAAAUAGGUUAGAUCAUCAACGCUUGAAUGAUUUGGUGUACAUCAAGUAUAAUCGAGCCUUGAAGAGAAGAUACAAUGAACGUAACACCAUUGACCCAAUUUCCUUGAAAGAUAUAGAUGAUAGCAAUGAAUGGUUGA